AAAGCCGCAGGGGCUCUAAAAGGUGGAAGGGUUCGCGGUAAACUUACCGUUGACGGCAGCGGAGUCGACUCUGAAGAAUGUUCGCGCUCCAUUGCAGCUUGGUUUCUCUCGCUCCAGUCUUCUCUCCUUCCUUUUCGUUUGGUUCCUCCCUAUCCCCAGCGUCCUCUCUACUUGCUCCUCCUCUUCUUCCCAAGAAUAGUUUUCGGUUGGGUAAUCCUUGCGAUGCUUCAUCGUACUCGGACCAGAAUCGAAAUGGAAGCCGUAUAAGGAACCCUAGCCUCGCUUAUACUGCGAGAGAAGGAUUAGAUUCCAUUGCAGGUGAUGGUGAAGUUGAAGGAGAUGUGCGAUCUCCUGGGACAGCGAAGGGGUCGGGGACGACGGCCCGAGGGAGGCGGCUUCUUAAAGUGAGGGAGGAGAAGCGGAGGAGGGAGUACGACCGCUUGCAUAACUACCCGACCUGGGCUAAGAUAUUAGAGAACGCCUGCAGAGAUGAUGCUGAACUCCGUGCAGUUCUUGGGGAUAGCAUAGGGAACCCAGAACUUAUGAGAAAAAGGGUUGAAGAAAGGAUUCGGAAGAAAGGUGGAGACUUUCGCAAGUCAAAAACAGGAUCUGUCCUUGCUUUUAAAGUUAACUUUAGAGAUUUUAAUCCUUUAGAUUCUUUUAUAUGGUUUGAACUGUAUGGUGCACCUUCAGAUCGUGAUGUUGACCUUCUUGGUAGUGUUAUUCAGUCAUGGUAUGUUAUGGGACGUUUAGGAGCUUUCAACUCCUCUAAUUUACAGUUGGCAAACUCAUCCAUGGAUUACAAUCCACUAUAUGAUUCUGAUAAAGCUGCUCAAGCAAUGCCUUCAUCCUUCCAUGAUAUUGGCGAUGUUGAAUUCCAGGACAACUGGGGAAGGGUUUGGGUGGACCUUGGAACUGCUGAUUUCCUUGCUGUUGAUGUAUUGCUUAAUUGCCUUACUGUAUUGAGCUCAGAGUAUUUGGGCAUUCAGCAAGUGGUCUUUGGUGGACGACGGAUGGGUGACUGGGAAGAGGGCAUGACUAGCACAGAGGACGGUUACAAAAGUUCCAAAAUCUGAGAUUGAUUUAACGCUCUUACAUUCUUAGUUUCACAGCUGGUUCAUGUGAGAGCAUGCUGAGAUUCUUCUCGGAUAAAGAAAGAAAGCCAAUUAUGUUGUUGAGAUGUGUUAUUUGCUCACUUGUUAGUUCUCAAGCUUUAUUUAGCUCUUUGUUUAAGAAAGCAAUUCAAUGUGGAAUAGAUUUAAAUUUUACAUUUUCAUUGUGAGUAUUAUUUGUGGGGUGCCCGAUCUGAGAAUUUCCAAUUUAAGUGGCAAGACCAAGAUUCCAGAUAUUUGCGGCGCUAUUUUUGGUUAAAAAAUUUUAUUUAUCAGCAUUCCACAACACACCGCCAUCACUGUACAUUAUACAAACUAGAUUAGGAAAGCAGCACUGAGUUUGCUGGUGUAUUUCAGCAAGAUCCUUCCCACGAAGUCCAGUCCGCGGCGCUUCCAACCCUAGGCAUGGAGUUGAUCCGGGAGUAAGUGUCCACCUUGAAGCUCGCCCCGCACAUCACACCCUCGCUGUCCACCCUCGGCAUCGCCUUCAGCUUGUUCAACGGAUGCUCGAAGCUCCUCAACCCUCCCUCGCUGUGGAACAUGCACCCUGAAA